AUGUUAGCCGACAACAGACAGUACGUCAGAGAACAUGCACUCCGCAGAAUAUUGAAGAUCAGAAAGACAUCAAACAUCGGAGCCUUGCGUAUUUUCCAAGUACCUACUUUAAAUAAGGAUGCUCAUAAUUAUAUUGAUAUGAUAGAUUGGAAAACCAAGACAGAACCUUCACUAACGAUGAGUAUCAGUAACGAAAUAAUAACUCAGGCCAUCAUAGAGCCACAGCUUGUCGAAAAUGAAAUCCUGAAGAAUAUUAGAAAAGGUGUGUCAAAUUUGUUACAGAAGCAAGUGCUGCCGUCUGUGCACCACUGA